AUGUUUGAAAUAUCAAAUUGCAUUUCAUUGAAAAGAGAACAUUUAAGAGUUUCAAUUAGAAGAUAAAAAAAUGAAGAAAUAUUUUCCAAAAGUAGGAAGGUUAUCCAAACUGAUAAUGCCGCAUUAAUGAAUUAUUUAAUUAUGAGAAAUGAAGAUGAAGUAAUCUUCAAUCUCAGAGAAUUCAUUGAGAAUAGAAGCCAGCAUAUAUAUGAAUCUCAAUAAAUCUUGAAGUGGUUAUUAGAAUAUGAAAAAUUGAAUUAAUCAAACUAAGCACAACAACUAACAUUAUUUUUUUUGCAUCAAGUUUCCCUCAAUAUAGAAGUAAAAUAUAUUAAAUUAGCAGCAUCCCUAUUGAAAUAACUAUGCUUUUAAGAUGAAGAGGCAUUGAUUCUAACUACCAGACUCAGUCAUAAAUCCACUAUGCGUUCAUAAAUUUUUAUUAAUGAAUUAUCAAAUGAAGAUUUUAUAAUUGAUCUUAUGGGAAGCCAACUCAAUACUCUUGAACUAAUAUGUAAUAUUAUGGCUGAUGAAUAAUUCAUAUACUUAAUGUUUAGUAAACAUCCCUACUUUUUGGACUUUUUUGUUGCUAAAUUACAUGAUUUAAGAUCUUGCUAAAUGGCAAUAGACCUAUUGUACGAUAUGGCCAACUCAGAAAAGCUUUGCCCAAUAAUUGCAAAUAAAAAUUUGAUUCACGAUUUAGUAUUGUUGAUCCCUUCAUAAAGGAUACUAGAAAUUCUUAUAUUAAUACACCAAAACUCAUAUAAUGCUGAACUAUUAGAAGAGACUAAUCUUAUAAAAUAUUAUAUUGAACUUCUGGAUUAAAAAAUGUUUUUAGCAGAAGUCUUAUUUUUAAUGAACUUUAUGUUAGAUUCAAAGCUAAACCAAUUUCUUUUAAAAUAACUAUUAGUUCGAAAGAAACACAUUUAAGAUUUAUGCUACUCUUAAAAUCAAUAAGUUAAUUAAUUAGCAACAAUUAUUGUCGAUAAAUACUUAUGA